AACCUUCGCAGCUGUCAACCAGUUCCGGGUGACAUGCGUCGGAUGACCUCAGCAGCAGAUAAACAACACUGUUACGCGCCGUAGCUAGCGGCUGUCAGAAGCUUGUCUCCAUCGACUUGUAAAAUGGAAAAGAAAACGUAGGACAUCGGAGAUUUAUGGCCGUGACUACGUCAAACAAAACUAUUGCCACACUCCAUCCCUAGAUCUGGAUAUCUCUGCUCAGCCAUGUCGUCACGUGUGUUGCUGCGGCAGCAGCUGAUGCGAGAACAAGCCCAGGAGCAGGAGAGACGUGAGGCCCAGCAGCAGGCCUCUGCCUCUCAGCUCCGGGCCUCUGACUCCACACCAGCCAUCUCUGUCACAAUGCCCCCAAAUGCUGCCCGUCCCCCUCCAGCACAGGUGCCUGUGGAGGUGCUGAAAGUGCAGACCCACUUGGAGAACCCCACCAAGUACCACAUCCAGCAGGCACAGAGGCAGCAGGUGAAGCAGUACCUCUCCACCACUCUUGGUAACAUGGCAGUUACUCAGACCAUGGGUGUGUCCCCUGUGCCGCAGUCCAGCUCUGCCCCUGAAGUUGCUCCCACUGCCAGCAGCGCCCCGAACAGUCCUAUGGCUCUGCUUAACAUCGGAUCCAACAAGGAGGAAAUUGACGACGUGAUCGACGACAUCAUUAGUCUUGAAUCCAGUUUUAAUGACGACAUCAUCACGUUGAUUGACUCAGGACUUCAAUUGCCGAGCACGCUGCCAGGAAAUCUGUUGGAUGUCUACCACAGCCCUGGGAUGGCAGCACCUACUCUAACUGUUAGCAACUCCUGCCCCGCUGAUCUUCCAAAAAUUAAAAGGGAAAUUACUGAUUCAGAUGCCAAAGCACUAAUGAAAGAAAGGCAGAAGAAAGACAACCAUAACCUCAUUGAGAGGAGACGGAGAUUCAACAUCAAUGACCGUAUAAAGGAGCUGGGUACUCUGAUACCCAAGUCAAGUGACCCUGAGAUGCGUUGGAAUAAGGGCACCAUACUGAAAGCUUCUGUAGACUACAUCAGGAAGCUACAGAAGGAGCAGCAGAGAGCCAAGGAUGUGGAGAUGCGUCAGAAAAAGCUGGAGCAGGCUAACCACAGUCUGAUGUUACGCAUCCAGGAGCUGGAAAUGCAGGCACGGGUCCACGGCCUCUCCUCCUCCAGCAGCAUCUCAUCUGGUCUUAGCUCCGAUCCCUCCCUGCUCCAGCAGCAGCUAGUCCCACAGAGCGGCCAGUCUCUGCCUCCCAAUGCAGGAGGAGCAUCCUCCCAAAACCUCCUCGGUCUGGGUGCGGCGGGCAUUGGACAGUCUCUGCAAGCCUCCUUCCUGUCCCCGUCCUCCUCGAACUCCCCAGCAGGAGUCACCAUCAGCAGCCCCCUGGACCUGGGAAGCCUGAGCUUUGCCGAGCUCGACGACACCUCAGCUUCAGCACUCUACCCCGACGUGGGCUUGGGAGACAUUCUUAUGGACGACGGGUGCGCCCUGUCUCCGGACAGGGUGGCUGAGCCGCUGUUUUCUCCUUUAUCACCAGGUGCCUCUAAAACCAGCAGUCGUAGGAGCAGCCUUGAAAUGGAUGAGGACUUGUGAUGAGCUCCGUGUGGUGAUCAAAGACUUUGUGUAGGGGCAAAAGUAUCAGGAAGUGCAGUCUCUCCUUAAAUAACGCAAGUCUAUUUAUAGGACUGUAGAACUGAACUUAGCAAAAAUAGCUAACAUUAAGAUCAAAACUAACAUAAACGUUGUAUCUUGAAUUUGUUUGCCAUACAGACCUAAUAAUUACUGUUCCUUUUUGGAGCAGGUUAGAUGAUUAUGUCUGGGUUUAUAAAUGCAAUCUUAUUAAAAUGGAAUAUUGUAUAAUAGGGGCAUGGACUUAGAAUUAAGAAAUUAUACAUUCUUAAGUAGUUCUUAAGAUUUACUUCAGAGAAUUAAGAGGGAAUUUUUUGCUCAUUUAUAGGGACGAAAGCUGUGAGGUUUAUUUUUCACCACAUUGGCAUAACAAACUGAUUAAGAGAUGCCAACACACACACACACACAUUGUUUUUGUUUUUUUGACUGGAAUCAGGGUUUGUUAAUAGCAGUUGCAUGCUCAUCCAUGUUGAGUUAUUUCACCAGCAGCUACAGAAGGGAUCGUUGUAAAGUGAAUUGGCACAUUGUGAGAUAUUUACUGCAAAUUGUAUAUAAGAAUAUUUUAUUUUGAGCAAUUUUAUUGCACCUUAUUUUAUGGCAGUCUAUGCAUUUUACGAGAGCUUUUGUCUGUUUUUUAUUAUUAUUACACACAGUGGACAGCUAAUGCCCAGGAUGCAUGUAUUUGUAAUAAACCUUAAAAGCAGUGGAAAAUCACUUGCUGCUGCAGCUAGUUAGCCAAAGCAGGACUUCUUCCAGAGUAGCUACAAAUUACAAAUCAGCAUUUUAUUUUUGAAUAUAUUCUCUCGGUCAACGGAAAUGCAGAACAAUUUUAUCCUUUUACUGUAGUUAAUUUUUUUGAUACCUGAAUAAUAGUGAGUGUAAUAAUGAGUAGUUUCUCCUGACUAAUAUCUGUGUUGUCAGUGAUUGUUUGUGUCUGUUAACCUCGGUGGUCACUGAGUGAUUUUGCCGUUAGCAUGAUCUACCAAGAUUGUUGCUUUUUUCGUUCUUUUUUUGGGGGGGCUGAUCAAAAGACAUUUAUCUAAUAACACAUCAUUGCUCAUUGUAGAAUGAAUUUGGGCUUUGACCUCCUUUUUAAACCAACCACUAGCCACACCUCUAUAACAAUAAGAUAUAAUUAUUUGUUGUGUGAAACUUGCAAUGCAAUUAUUAUUCCAUAAAAUAGCCACAAACUUUACAAAGGCGUUUAAUUUGUCAGAUGCUUAAUGCAACUUUAUGUACAGUUAAUGAAUGUGUGUCUGGAAAGCACCUGCGUAAGUGUAGUUUCUUUGUUCUUUCAACACUGGCCUACUGUUUUUUUUUUUUUUUUUUUUACAACCUGCAGUUUAUUGACAUACUUCAAUUUUUAACUAUUCUUCAAGCCGUGCUAGCAUAAAAACAAAAUGAGUUAAAGCAGCCAAAAACGUCUCUACGUUUUGGUGGUUUAGUGUUUACAACAGUUGUAAGGUGCCCUCUCUUCUUAAACCUACUUUGUCUUUCAAUAGCUCAAUGCUGCUGAUUGGUUUUGUUCCUGGUCUCAUCAAAUUAAGUAUCUGUGGUCAGCUGUUUCCACUCAUGCACAAUAUUAACCAUGUUUUACCCUGACAUAUAUUUGCGUGCUAACAUUGACUGUUAACCAUAAACCGGUAGCAUUUGUGUCUUGUUCCUACAAGUUGGCUUUCGGAACAUUUUAACAAAUAAAUGAUUCCCAUUGGA